UCGGGCGGGUGUAGCGAGGUCGCCUGCACGUGUCUUCUGCAUCCCUGUGGCGUGUGGGGCAGCGGCCGGCGUGGAGAGCGAGGCGGCGGUGGGCGGGGGGUAGCGUCCGCCAAAGCCUCCGGAGCCAUUUUCCCGUCUGGCCGCCGCCCGCCCCGACCCGCGCCGCAUUUCCCCCAAGGCACCCAUGAUUCACAAUAGUUCUAGCCUAUUACCUCAUCUACGUGUACUGAUGAGAACAUUCUUUCAAGAUGGGGGAUGGAAUGCUAUCACUGUACUGGAACAACCACAGGGCCACAUUUUGUCAUAUACUGGCAACACUCAGGGAAAAGGAGCGGUACACAGAUGCUACCCUGGCGUGUGAUGGUAAAUUCUAUCCUGUUCAUAAACUGGUGCUAUCGACAUGUAGUGAAUACUUUGAAAAGAUUUUUGAGCACACCCCCUGCAAACACCCAGUUAUAGUGCUCAAGGACAUUAAGGCAGAUGCUCUUGAGGCUCUGCUCAAUUAUAUGUAUGCAGGGUAUGUGAAUGUGGCACAGAAUGACUUGGCGAGACUAAUAAAGGCUGCAGAGACCUUAUCGAUAAAGGGUCUGGCAGUACCAGAUGAGCCACCCCAAGGAGAAGAGAGGUCCAACCAGUCCAGGUCAGGACGAGAGGAGAGGUCGAGUCCUCAGCCAAAGAGAAGACGACGUGAGGAGAAUGGUAGUUCACAGCCUUCCAACAGCCCUCCAUCGUCACCCAGAGCCUCCCCAUACCAACCUGAUGGUGAACAAUCUCGGUCCAGAGCGCCCAGUGAAGGUCAUCGCUCUGAGAGAGUGGAAUCCACUGAACAGUCAGAUCAACCUCCAUCACAAGAGUCUCAGGCAUCAGAAGUUAAGGUAAUGGUUGAUGAGUCACUAGUCAAAGAAGAGAUGGUAGAAACUUUAGAUAGCAGUCAAUCAGAAGGGAUGGAGACAAGUAUGCAGUAUGGAGGUGUGCCCAGUGACCCAAGCAUGGAUGGUACCGGAGAGGAACAUUCCAACCGCAUGAUGCCAAACAAGUAUGAACAACCUGUCAUCCCUGGUCAGGCGCAACCUCUCGCUGAUGCCGUGGCUGAGGCUCUGGCGGGCCCCUCAGGAAUGCAAGGGUGGCUUGGAAGUGAAAUACCUGGGCCAGGAGGGUACACUGCUGAGGCCUAUUCGAGUGAGGGUAACCAGGAGGUUCACCCUGCGCCGGCGGGAGCACCACACUCACAACAGCGGGCCACAGCAAGAAUGAGCUCCAGGGAGGCUAAGGGGGCAAAGAAUUCCUUGGCUCAUCGGAAAGUCUCCUGUAUCAGUAAAGAGACUGGCUUCAUCACCAAAAGUCCCAGGAGGCUUCCCUUUAGAAUUCGUAAGAGAAACCCCAUAUCCAAAGCCUUCUUUUAUGGAAAUGGAAAAUUCUGUGCCCAGACAAGUUUCCGGUUUGAGGAUAAAAUGUGGUAUGGACAGCUGCUGCAGCAGUUCACAGGGGUCUUGCCAUCCAGUCAUGCAGUGCAUGCUGGACCCCAACAAUCUGCUUCCGUUGCCAGUCAGUCAUUGGGAAUGGUAUCACGUUCUCGAUGUAGCUCAGUCUGGACACAAGAAAAGCGUCAGCAACUGGAAUCAUCUUUCUUGCAGCCAUUAGAGAGAGACAUAGACAUGGAGAGAUCUAUGCAGGAGCCAAUCUUCCAUAUCCCCAAGCCCCCUAUGAAGUUGAAUGUUGAUGAAUCAGAUUUUGAAAGUAGUGUUACUAAUGGAGCUGAAAGGGAAACUGCUGAAGAAAGAUCCUCAGUACAAGAUGAAAACAAGACAGCAUUCAAGAAUUCAUUAGAAGAGCACCUUAGGACGUCUCCCAUAUAUAACUUGGAUUGGUUAGAAUCCUUGAGAAAGCAAUUUGAAGUACGUGCUAAAACUACUGAUUGUGAUGCAGCAAUGCUGGAUGAGGCUCAGAGGCUUCUGGAAGAGAAAAGGAAGAAGUCACAAGCUUCUCUUGAUAAUUGUGUAGCUUUGAGAAUGAAGCACCUUGAUCUGACAUAUCCUGGAGAGACUGCAGAGGGGGAUGAGCAGGAAGAAGAAAUGUUUGUAACAUUGACUCCUGAAAUGGAGGAAAUCAUUGACAAUGCUCUGCUCAAGGGUUCACCAAACCAAGUUUUGAUUGACAAAUUUAAUACUCAGAUCACCAGACACGAUAUCUCUACACUAGAUGGCCUAAACUGGCUCAAUGAUGAAGUAAUAAAUUUUUACAUGAAUUUAUUAAUUGAAAGAGGUAAGAAUGACAAUUAUCCAAAUGUAUAUGCUUUCAAUACCUUUUUUUACCCUAAGUUGUUGAAGACAGGCUUUGGAUCAGUAAGAAGGUGGACAAAAAAGGUUGAUCUCUUCAGUCAUGACUUGCUGCUCAUACCAGUUCACUUGGGAAUGCACUGGUGUUUGGCCACUAUUGAUUUUCGCACAAAAUGUGUUCGAUACUUUGACUCGAUGCUGAGUGACAAUAACAAAUGUUUGGAGUCAUUGCUAAAAUAUUUAGAAGAUGAACACCAAGACAAGAAAUCAUCACCAUUUGAUAAAACUGGCUGGAUGGCAGAGAAUGUGAAGGACAUUCCCCAGCAAAUGAAUGGAUCAGAUUGUGGAAUGUUUGCUUGCAUGUUUGCUGAGUAUUUGUCACGUGAUGCUGACAUCACUUUUGAUCAGCAACACAUGCCUUACUUUAGGAGGAAAAUGGUUUAUGAAAUUGUUGCUGCUACUCUUCUUUAAUAAUUCUAUGUAAGCUGUAAGAGUUAAAAAGGUGAACGUCUUGAAUGAUUUAGGUUAAUAUGAAAUGAAAUGUUAUAUUAUAUAAACAUUGAUAUUGUAAGGUCAUUUACAAUUACAAAUUUCCUCCAGUCAAAGGGUAAGGUUAGCAGAGAUACUGUUACUAGCAUGAUGUCUUCAACAAGAGGAUAUUCAUUCAUAGGGACAACUUCAAUCAUUGAAAAAUUAAUUUAGUAUGGGCAAAACCUUUUUUUUCCUUUAUUUGAGCAUUGCACCAUGGAAAUAAUGAUCUUUGAGUGAUUGAUCAUGGCUGUCGACAUUUACAGCAGGGUCUUGCAGUGAGAAGUUCUCGAUCAGUUUAUUUAAUGAAGUGAAUGAUACCCAUGAUACUGUUGUUGAUAGCCCACCAUGCAAAGGUCUAACUGUUUCCAUAGAGGAUGAUAUAACACCACCAUAUGCACCAUUCAGUCCUGGUCAGCACAAGUCACCCUGCAUAACGUCAAUUGGGGUGUCAAAGCUGCAGUUACUCGUAUCCACUUACAAAGAAUGGAAAUCCAGAUAUUGAUCAUGAUCACAGUAGAGUAAUCUGGUGGUCUAACUACAUCUCCAGCCAAUAGUCAUCAUAAUACUUCUUACUGAUAACAAAAGAAAUAUGAGUUUUGAAAAGGAUGUUUGUAGCUUUGAAGGAAGGUGUUUGUUAUUUUGGAUGAUUAAAGUAAAUGCAAAUUG